CGUUUUUCUCGGCCCCAUUGGCUUUUGUCGGCCCCUCCUUGCGAUGGGCAUGUCGCGGAUGGAAGACCGGCCCCUGUCCACGCAGCCGCUAUCAGAGGCCUGGGCUGAUGCCUGGGGUACGAAGAGAAGUGGACGCCGUUCCUCGCAGUCACAGUAUGUGCAGCCGCGCCAGCAGAUUCGGCGAGACUUUGAGGAGGCGAAGCGUGUCGCCUCUAUGUUCGAGCACCUGGAGAACUUGGACGAAAGCCUGUCCUGGGGAGGCUUGCUCACAGCAGCCACGCAAGCAGCCCGUCCGCGGAGGAUCUUGAAGACGUUUGUCCUUUUGCUCCCCUUCAUUCUCUUCACAGCGAGCAGCCGCAAGAACUGGCAUCCCUGGGCGCUGCACCGCUUCAGCUUCUACGAGCAGAUGAGGACAUUGCUGACCCAUGCCUCUGCAGCUAGUCUCAGCUACUUGAUCUUGGGCUUCGCCUUCCAAGUGCUCACCACCGUGGCCUUGCGAGCCUCCAGGGGUGUUGGCUGGAGACGGGCGGAGAAGAUCAUCUACUUGAAUGGUAUCCUUUUCUCAGAGGAGCGUGCAGCAAUCGCGAUCAUUUGCGCGUGGUCUGUGAAUUUCUCGUGGUGGAGUCCGCCACAGGACACCCGGCUGUUGCUGGCCAAGCCGUGCGUUUGCACUCUUCUUUUGUUGCUUUGCAACGGUCUGAAGAAGAUCUUGGAGUUUUCCUUCCUUCGCUCCAAGCUGGCCCUGAACUUCGAGUCCGACGUUUUGGUCAAUGCCUUUGAGCGCGCAACGCUCGAGCGAGUUGCGGACUUUGCAUGCCUUGAGGACCCACCUUCCGAACUGCUGCAUCUUCUGCAGCAAACCACAGUGCUACCAGCUCUGAAGGAUCCACAUGCCUUUGAGAAGCUCACGGCCGAGCAUUUGCGAAAGGCGUACAGCCCUGGCCAAGUCCGGCGGCCGGUGCGGGUCAGCAGCGGCUCCGUGCACGGCUGGCCGAUUUCCUUGGGCCGCGGCGCGGAUCUCUUCCGCAGCCUGCAGCACAGCUCCACCACCACGUUCUUUAUGCGGAUGGAUGGCAAGUACGAUGACAUCGACGCGUCAGCCAAACGGGCGUAUGCAAAGCUGUCCCGGCCUACGUCCGACAUGGAGCUAGGCAUGAGUCGCAGCCCCAGCUUGCCGGAUGAGUGGGAUGUUACACACUCGCAAUCGCUGCCUGGAGCCAGUGAGUCUGGACAAGAGGAGUCGCACGCAGAAGUUGAGAGCGUCAAGCAGCUUUCCUUCAUGGACAUCAGAGCUAUUAUGCCUGAAGAAGAGGCUGCUAUGACCUGGCAGAUGCUUUCAAACCGUAGCUCCCCUUGUAUCGGCGAGGGGGACUUUGUUUCCACUACACGAGGUGCGUUUGAGCGCUUCCACAUGAUUGCGGCCACCGUCAAGGAUUAUGCGGCCAUCUGGCUGGUCUUCAGCAACGUGGUCAACGCGGUGCAGAUCCUCAUCUCGGUGGUCAUCAUACUGGGCACCUUCUUCCCGCCAGAGGUUCUGCGAGCUGUGUGCCUCAGCAUGUCGACAGUCGCCUUGGGCCUGUCCUUCAUUUUUGGGAACUUGCUCAGGGAGACCUUUGAAAGCGUGGUGCUCCUGCUGGUGAUGCACCCGUAUGAUGUGGGUGACCGCAUCCUUCUGCAAGACACAAUCUACACGAUUCAGAAGAUCAACAUCCUGACCACGGAAGCACGAGAUUUGUCCAACCAUUGUGUGUACCUCAAAAACUCCAAACUCUUCCACGAGGACACCUUGCUGAACCUUGGUCGGUCCCUGAACGCAGUGGUGGAGAUCAACAUUGUUUUCCAAACCUCGGAAGUCUCCAUGGACAUCCUCUCCAGGAUCAAUGCCUACGUGGACCAGUACGUCUCCUCUGAAAAGGAGGCAUGGGUGCCGUCCUAUGUGCGCUCCUUCUGUGCGGUGAACCACGGGCGUGCCACCUGCGACCUGGCCGGCGUUACCACCCAUUGCAUUCGUCUCAUGCACCGGCUCCCCUGGCAGAGCAUCCCUGAGAUUCGGAAAGACACCACGCGGGUCAUGUACAAGCUGCUUGGGGAGAUCCGCAGUUGGGGUGUGGACUUUCGGCAAACGCCGCUGCCGGUCCAUUUGGAGAGCCGCCUGCCCCAGGCAGAGUCGGACCAGCCUGACGCACUUCGCAUGCGGUCGACCUCGGGGCUAACACGUGGAGUGUCGCCAGACUGCCGCACCGCACUGUUUCCGGCUAGCUGGAACCGCAAGGCAACAGACUGGCAGCAAGGCGUUGAAGGUUUUGACGCCGCAUAGUAUGAGAGGCGACAGCGACCGCCACAGCGUCAUACUCCCAACACAAUGUUCAGAAUUUGAGAAGUGAUGGUUCGCGGCUUUCUGUUUAGCAGAGGAAUCAGUGGCGAAAGGCCUGGGCAAAACGCAUUUCAUGCAGUGGGCACAGCACGCUUCGGAUGUUUUCCUGAAGCUCCCGUAGCUUCACCCUUGGCGAUUGCUUUGUUGCCACAUGCUAGGUCCAGGGCGAGCUUGUCACUCGCAUUCAUGAGGCUUUGUAGCCCUCCAGGCAAGCAGCCCUUUGAUUAGGGAUUUCAGGACACUGCGUGGUGUCGAGUAGACGGCUGGUGACGUCAAGAAGAAGCUAUUAUGUUGGUGACCAGUUUGGCUGGGAAGCUGCAAUGCAGGCUUCUGGUGGCCAAACGGCCUUGCGUUGUUUCUUUUGCAAGCGGGUCACGGGCGAGUUCCGUGCAAGGUGCUUUCUGGCAUGGAGUGAGUUUUGUGGCAUUGGCCGAGCUGCGUUGGUUUACGAUCAUGCUGG